UCUCAUUUUUAUCACAUCUUCUUUACCAUUAUCACAAGAGGACAUAUAUAAACCAGUUUUAACAUAACACAAGUGAUAUCAACAUAUAAACCCCAGUUCAAAGUGUUUACAUAGAUAUUUGGCCAAGAAAAAUCCAAGUCUAAAUUAUCACGUAACUUAUUAAGUAAUGAAGGAAUGAGUGACUUCUCUUCUUGCAUCCUCUCUUGACUUGACUGAAAUCUUGAUAUUGUCUUCAUGGUGAUAUAAUUUCUCAAACUUCUCCCUACCAAGACAACUUGCAGAAUGAAUGUUAGCUCAGAAUUAACUCCGUCCAAAAAUUCAAUGCCUACAAGUGUAUACUUUUCAAGUGGAGAUGAAAGGACUUUCCAGUAUGAUGAGGAUUUGCCAAAUUUACCCGUUCCUCCAUUACAGCAAACAUUGGACAGGUACCUUUACUGGGUGCGACCACAUGUGACGGAUGAAGAAUUUGAGACCACGAAAGACUUAGUGAGGAAAUUUGAAUCUGGUGUUGGAAAAGAGCUUCAGGAAAUGCUCUUGGCUCAUGCCAGCCAGAAAAAGAAUUGGCUUGAAGAUUGGUGGCUUCAUUAUGCAUACCUGACAGUGCGAGAACCUCUUCUGCCUACCAUGAACACUGCUGGACCUCACCCGCUUAACCUUUCCUUGUGGAAACCUUCGUUUGAGAAAGCUCUCACUUAUGGAGCCUUGUAUUUGUGGGGAUUCUUAGACUUCAACCUAGCUGUGCAGGAGCAGCGUUUAAAACCACAAAAAACAAAUGAGGGUAAGCCCUUAAGUAUGAAGCAGUUUAGAUGGGUGUUUAAUUGUACAAGGAUCCCAGGUCAGGGUGCUGAUAGCCUGUACACAACCUGGAAAACAAAGGAUGAAGGUGACUGUCCCUUGCACCUUGUGGUUCUUUGUCAUGGACAUAUAUGGACAAUGUAUCCCUGGGACUCUGCAGGUAAGCCAUUGUCUGCACCAGAAUUGGAAGUACAAUUAAGACACAUCCGUGAAACAAGUGAUGACCUGGGACCUGGACCUGGCAUCAGUGUUCUUACCUGUGACACAAGGGAAAACUGGGCUCAGAAUCGUGACUGGUUGAAAUCCCUGACUCUAAACAACAUGAAGAAUUUAGAGCACAUUGAAACCUCUAUGUUUGUCUUUGUGUUGGACGACACGGCUCCAGAGAACUUUAAUCAGCUCAUUUGGGAAGGUCUUUGUGGAGACACAACUAAUCGCUGGGCGGACAAAAGUCUCUCGGCCAUUUUAACAAGGAAUGGAUAUGGAGUCAUGAACAAUGAUCACACACCAUACGAUGCAAUGGUCUCUGUAAUGUUGGGUCACUACCAACACUUGAUGCUGGAGGACAUAGAAGGUCAGUGGACAGGACCUGCAGAAAUAAGAGAGUUUCCAAUGCCCAUUCUUUUGAACUUUGAUCUGGAUGCCAAGCUUGUAGCAGCUAUAUCUUCUGCUAAAGAAACCAGCCUAUCAUAUAUCAACAACAUAUGUGCCAAGUCAUUGUUCUUCACCGAGUAUGGGAAGGAUUUUAUGAAGCCUUAUAAGCUGCAUCCUGAUGCUUUUGUUCAAAUGUCCUUGCAACUGGCUUAUUGGCGCUUACACGGCAGGCCCGCACCCACCUAUGAGACAGCAUCUACUCGUCAGUUUCACGCUGGUCGUACUGAAACCAUGCGUUCCUGCACGGCAGAAUCUGUUGACUGGGUACAAACAAUGCUAAAUCCCAAAGCAAAGACUGCCGAGAAGCGUCGCAAGCUAGUAGCAGCAGUGGACUGCCACAACCGACUCAUGAAAGAAUGCCAGAAAAAUGAAGGCAUUGAUAGACACAUGCUUGGGCUAUAUAUUGUGGCUUUAGAAUCUGGCAUGGAUAUUCCUGAUUUGUUUUUGGACCCAUCUUUCACGAAAAGUGGCGGUGGUGGCAACUUUGUACUUUCAACAAGUACCGUGGGAUACACACCCGUGUUUGGUGGCGUAGCAGCGAUGAUUCCUAAUGGCUAUGGCUGUUUCUACAGUAUGGUCUCGGACAGAUUGAAUUUCUUUAUCACAAGUUUCAAAGCUUCAGAAGAGACGAGCGUGGAAGCAUUCUCUGAGGCGCUGUCUCUCUCCCUCUGUGAUAUGCAACAAGUCUUGGUUGUGCCUACGUCAAGUCUCUAGUAUAAGAGUUUUACCUUUAUUUUUGUAUUUUUAGUUUUCAUGCUCUUCUUCUUGUACAUGUUUUUGAUCAUAUUGUAUUAUUUUUCCCAUUUUAUUUUAUAACAGGUGAAAUUUGAAAUUGCAAAUAUGUAUAAUGUAUUUUUUAUUCUAAUUAUAACAUCAAUAUAAAUAUAAUCUCUUUAUGAAUAUUCAGAGAAUUUAUUUUGUAGAUUUUUAGACUGACAGUCGUUUAUUAUGACUUAAUCUGGGUUCUUAGAUUGAUAGUUUUAAUAUACUGUUGACCACAACUAUUUUGCAGUUUAAAAAACUGAACUCUUCAUUUCUCCAGUUCAAAUUAUUUAAAUAUUAAGGAUUAUUCCAGGAUAAACAAUACAUACUGUAUGAAUUUUAUGAUUAUCUGGGCUGUUUGCCCUUUUGUUUAUAUAGAAGUCCUAUUUAGAUUAUCUAUAUAUAUUUACUUUUUAAUGAAAAAAUAUUUAUAAGUGAGAGCAGAGAUGGUUCAGAUAUUUUUUUUUUUUUUUUUUUACAAAAAUAUCAUAUUUUCUACUACAUAUAGUAUAAGGUGCUGUAGUAUAGGCAUGCCUCUGGCAGGACAGUGAUGGAGUGAAUGAUGAUGAAAGCAUUUCUUCUUUUUUGGGUCACCCUACCUUGGUGGGAAACUGCCAAUGUAUUAAAAAAAUAUUGAAUGAUAAAACAAAUUCAUGUUUAUUUUAAAGAAUCACUGGGAAAAGAUGUUUCAAAAUUCAUGUUUGGGAUACAAAAAGGAAGGAAUAUUUAAUUGAAAAUUAUACACACUUUCACCUCAAGUUCAUUUUCAAAGCAUGUCUUUUUUUCCUUUCCAUCCGUAUGGUUAUGCAAAUUUAUGUUAAUAAGAAGGGUGCCUCUGCAAUGACAGUGAUUACAUGUGAAUGAUGAUGAAAGUGUUGAAUCAUGGUGAAAGUGUUUCUUUCUUUUUUGGGCCACCCUGCCUUGGUGGGAGACAGCCAACCUGUUGAAAAAAAAAAAAAACAAGGAAGUUUGUAGGAGAGCAAGUUAAGUCAGCUUGGAGAAUGUGAAGCUUUUGGUACUUACUGUGACCAUUAUUGCACAUUACAAGUCCAUAAAUAAGCUUUAAAAUAGCUGUUUCUUGGUAAUAUUUUUAUUUUGACCCUAUUUUUUGCAAGAUGGAGUCAGGAUAUUUCUAAAUUGCAUCUUAUGGCAGGAAAUGGUUUUGCUGGCAAACUCAUUUGGAUUAUUGCAUAGCAAGAAUGUAUUCUAUAUUGCACCUAAUUUUUUUUGUGAUAUUUAACAUUCCAUAUUUUAAUAUUGAAUGUGUCGUAAGAUAUGAGUAAAAUGCUGGGAGCAAGAGGCUGGUAAUCCCUUCUCCUGUAUACAGGUGUUCCAUUUACGGACUAUUUUGCUGCUAUAGCUACCCACCUUCACACCCGUUGGCAACAAUGUUGGUGUACUCUUCUCGGUAACAAACUUCAGUCUAUUAAACCGAGUAUAGGUUACUGGCCGUCUUCUUGUCACCAGUGUCGAGGUUGGGAGACUACUCUCUCCCGUCUCCGCAUUGGCCAUACUCGUCUUACUUAUGGAUGUCUCAUGGAGAGGUGCCCUGCUCCUCCCUGUGAGAAUUGUCAGGUUCCAUUAUCGGUCAGCCACAUUCUGUUAGACUGCCCACUUUAUCAACGAGCAUGCAGAAUUUACCUCCAACGUCGUCUUCGCUCCGCUGCUCUCUCUUUACCUUCCCUUCUCGCUGAUGGACCCACCUUUCAUCCAGACUCUCUCAUUGACUUUUUGACGACAACUGACUGACUUCACAAACUCUGAUGAUACCUUCAGCCCUUUCUACCUCGAUCUCUUGCUACCCUCUACUCUGCACUAUCCCCUGCCCCGCUGUUUUCUGUAACCUACUGAUCGCCCCUUUCCCCUUCUGCCACCCAAUACCCUCGCUUCCUUUCCUACCCUGCAGCGCUGUAUAACCCUUGUGGCAUAGCGCUUCUUUUUGAUUAUAAUAAUAAUUCUCCUGUAUACAUUACUAAACUUAAAAAUAGAAAUUUUGUUUUUCUUUUUGGGCCACCCUGCCCUUGUGGGAUAUGGCCAGUUUGUUGAAAGAGGAAGAUUUGAAUAUUGAAUUUUGAGAGUUAGUUUUCAAACAUUCUUAGGUCAACUGCCCAAAUCCUCCACGUUUGUUAGGUAGGUUGGGACACAUGAUCGGUAUUCCUUUUAUACCAUAAAAUAUUAGCAUCAAACCGGGUUCCUUAGGCAGGUUAGCAGUUUUAACAUAGCAUGGUUAUAUGUCUUAGGUAAUUUUUAUGUGAAAUUUAACUUGCUGUGAUAAAUAUUCUGUAGGUUACCUUUUCAAAUAACUUUCUAAUUAGUGGGGCUAGGCCAAGUAUAGUAUGCAUAGUUUGUGGUUGUGUGUUAGUAGUGCAUGGAGACAAGUGGCUUUUAUUGUACUUGUUAUUGGAAUGUGAGCAAGGUAACUUUCAUGAGAGGUUUCAGGGGAAAGCAGUUAGCUGAACUUCAGUCCCAGAGGUUGGAGGGGCAGUGAUUACACUCUCAGUGACGGAUGGGGAUAUAGUCAGAGGAUGAUCUAAAUUAUGAUGCCAGCACACUCCUGGAAAAACAGUGAUUGAAUGAAUGAUGGCAAAUGUGUUUUCUUCUUUCGCUCACUCUGCCUAGACAGAAGAUGGCCAUUGAGGUUACAAAAAUUCUUUUCAUUUAAUAGUUAAAUAUUUUGCAGUUUCCUCACUUAUGCAUUGCUUUUCCAUAAUUUGCACGUAAUUAAAAGAAAAAUCAAUGUAUCAGAUCAUAUCUGUUUACUUUAUCAUUAAAAGAAUUUGCAAUUCAAUAUAUUCAGAACAUAAAAUUUUUUGAAAAAAAAAAAAACAAAAAAAUUGUAUUGAAAAGUAUCUUAAAAUCUAUAUGAUUAGGUAUUAUUGCUAUAAAAUAAUUAAUUUUUGCUAUUUCCCAUUUGCCUUGGUGGGAAACACCAAUGUGUUAAAAAACGAAUUUUAGGGGUAAAUGCUGAAAAAAUUUUCAUAAAUGUGAGAAAUAUGUGAAAUAUUGAUUUUCUUUGUAUUACAUUAAGGUUACUCUUAAAUAUGGGAAGCAUGUCUGAGAUGUUUAUAAUGUUAGGUCAUAUUAAAGAAGGACUAGAUA